CUGCGAUUCCUCAGGAUUUCGAGUAUCAUCGUCUCAGCUUGUCCAUUGUACGUUUCUACGUUGUACCCUACAUUCAACAUGUUCAAAUCGUUGUUGUUCGCUGGAUUAUUGGCCGUCGCGAUGGCCGCCCCUUCGCCAAUUCCAGCACCAGCUCCAGCUCCGGCACCUGCUCCAGCACCGGCUCCGAGCGCUUUGAUCAGUGGUCCAGUGGCGGCUGCUUCAUGGGGGGCGGCUUUAAGCUCCAACAUUGCUGCUCCUCUCGUCUAUACGAGUUAUCCGGCACCGCUACCUUUAGCCGGUUACGUACCCUCCUCGCCUUACAUCUAUAAGAGCUACAUUUACUAAUAAUAGUCGACAUAGACACUGCUCCGAUCGUAUCAGCGAUCGAGCAAACGAAGCAACCGGUCCACUCGAUUUCUAACCUCGAAAAGUCAUUAAUAGCAUUCCUGUACUUUCCACGAAGCGUCGUUUCGUGCUUCCAUUCUCCGUCAAUGUUCUGUAUUUCUAGACUCGGUUUUAAUAAAAUCGUUUAAAGGCAACAUGUUUUCUCUCGUCAUUUCUACGUCUUCUUAUUCUUCCGUCGACUUUGCGUAUCUAACGUUUGCACGAUUAUUUGCUUACUUGUUAAUGAGAAUCUGUCGCGGAGAGCUCGUUACGCGAUUCGUCGUUGUUACUCUAUAAAUCCAAUUAUAUAAGCGCGUACGUAGGCGUGACCGCACUCCGAAUAAUCGCUCUCCACCCAUUUGUGUCAUAUAAAUAUGUGUAUGUGCACAAAGUAAAUACGUGUAUGUACGUUCGCGGCAUCACGGUAAACGUACGAAUGCAACGUCUCCAUUGCGUUAUGGUGUUGGAAAUCUUACUUUCUUCUCAGGAUUAUAAUAGAUUUCUAAGUUCUAACAGUUACUCGCAGCUCGAGCGUAUUAAUAGUUGAAAAUUUUGUUCGAUCAAUACGAAACGUUCUUGGGUGAAAAACUCGGUUCGCGUUAUUAAUCUUUAAACUCGUAUCGACUGCUUUACGACUCAUCGAGUCGGAAUCUAUAAACGCACCGAGUCGAGAAAGCCUUGUAAGAUCCUACAAUAUUUUAUCGUCUCGUUUCGAUGACAGAAGUUUAUCGAUGACGCAGAGGAGCCGUCGCGUUUUAUGAAAAUCGGGCAAGGCCAAUAACGGAGGAAUAGUGUAGGGUGACGCGGCCACUUGUAACCGCCAAGUGUAGGGGCUUUUGUUUUUUACGAACGACGAAUCAAUUAUGUAGUCGACAAUAACAAUACCAGAGCGUUACGUAAAGGUAAAUGCAAUGUCCUCGCAGUCACGUACACCGACCAAAGGGAUGGUCGCAGGAUCCAUUGGUCGGGUUUCGUUAUCGCUACGAGAAGAGACAGUCGUCGAUAACGAAUAAAUUUCACCGUCGAGUCGCCUACGAGUAACCGCAAUCUGAACGUAAAAUUAUCUGCAGCGAAUUCGCGUCUCGUCACGUUGCGCUUUCAGACAGCAACGUGUUCCGUAUUACAAUAUUCUUAGCAUAGGCACGAUUUAACGAUAAUAUCAAUAUCGAGAAACUUUUCUUCUCAUCACCGUCACCGUUACUCCAUAUACGAAUAAAGUUUACGAUGGAAUUCAUUUGGAAUGCAUGGUGGAUUAUAUUCCCAUAACGUAGAAAUGUCAGGUGUGGAGAUAUUUGUAUCGAAACGAUAAAGGCACAACCGAUGUCCAACGACGUCAUUGUUCGGGAAUAUCGGGUGGGCCUCGUGUGUACACAUUUAACGAAACCCAUAUGUAUCGGUCGCACGCGUCAGUGUUUACGAAAUUAUUGAUCGUGUGGAUGCAUCUAGCACCGACGACGAAGCGAUCAGCCUGGAUAGUGCAUCCACCCCUUGGCAUCGAUCGCCGUCUCGAGUUCACCGACCUUUCUACUUCGAAACCCGAUACGUUACUCUGCUGCCCCCGUUACCGCCCUCUUCCGUCCUUAUCUCUGAUUCAUCCCAUUUCCCCGGCUGCAUACACCCUUUGCUGCUCUUCCAGCUACUAUUCGUCAAGUUACGGCGUUGCUAAUUUUAACAUGCUGGCUUCGUAGAACGCGAGUGACGAUCGGCGACGAAAAUGUAUGUUUAAUAUCUUCAUCUUCGUUAUUUCAUUGGGAACAAUGGUUUCCCACCGUACUUGAGAGAACAAUAAAUAUUGAUACGCGAAAACAAAAACGAUCAUUGUGACAGGUAACACGGCAGCGUCAAGCCACCCUACCCAUUCAUGAACCCAACCCCCGGGGAAGCUCGCAACGUUCGAUCGAUGAAAAGGAAUCAAUGACGAUGGCAUUUGUAUCGAUCGACGAGGGUCGCGUUUCACCGUAACGUUCGAAAUCGCGUCCCGACGCAUUCGCCGCGCCACCCGCGUCCUCGCGCACACGGCUCGUACCCUCACGUGGUGAAAAGGACAUGCGCGCACCCUCGGCCAAGCCUCGAUGGUAUAUAAGAGAAGACCGCGAAUCUUCGCGUUUCAGUCCAUCUCCGAGCGCGCGAGAAUUACUCGCCACAAAUUCGACCAGACGAUACAUCGAUAUCGUGUGUUUGCGAUAACCGUUGAAAAGACUUAUCCGUUUUCGAAAGAGGAGCCAGAACACGUACGGACGGAGGAAGCGUCGAACAAGUACGAAAAGGAAACGGUUAACUCCGGAGAUUGGACAAAGCGAUAAACGAUCGAGAGAUAGACUUUUUCCGAUCCUUCGUACGAUAUACUGUACGAGUGUGAACGUGACAAGACGAAGAGUUCGUCGACGUAUCGCGGUUGCACGCGCGCUCAAAAACACAGGUGUUUCUCCAGCGUGCAUCGCGAAGUGUAUAUCGAAAUUACCGGUCGACCGAUACCAGAGUCAAGAGAGAAAUUUGAGAAACUUGUGAAGAAGUUUGUGCAUAGAGUUUCUGUGCAGAGCUUGAUACUCGAACCGAGUUCAUCAGACAUGGAAGAAACCACGAGACUGACCGAUCCCGAGGAAGAUCGUCGUAGAGAGAAUCAGAAAAAUGAGAUGAAACGAAAAAAUCCGAUUAAGGGGGCGGGGUCUUCGAAGCAAGAGUUCGGGGACGACGAGUGCAGCACGGACAGCGGGUGCAGCAGCGGCGGAAGUACCGGAAGCGCGGAGAGAUUGUCGCGUCGUGGAAGCAGCGAGCGGCUAUGCCGCGUUACCAGAUCGCCAAGAACCCAUUGUUAUCUGAACCGACUUCGAGGUCGGUCGACGCGCUCUCAGGAGCGACUGUCCGGCGUUCAAAGAAGUUCCGAACGUGUUCGAGCCAAGUCGUCCCGUUCCUGGAGUCCAGGAGACGUGAGAGCUAUCACGAGAAAUUCUGAAUCGCUCUCGUACUCCCCUAGCCCAUCGGACGCUCAAAGCAGCACCGACAGUGAUUCUCUCAAACGAUCCUCCACCGCGAACACCCUUCGAAGAGCCUUCCAAACUCUCAAGAUAUCUUCGAAGUGGGAAGGCAAGGAGAACAAGCACGCGAAAAAGAGUCCCAAGAGAAUUUUACGCAGCCCAGUGUCGUAUACCUACGUCAGAGGACUGUCGGGACUGCCGACGCAAAGGGUUCCAAGGAACGUAGCCCAACAAUUGGCGAUGCCGUGUUCCUGUCAAGAUCCCGUUGCUCUCUACCGAUAGGAAGUCAUCAUUGACGGUCAACCAUUUUAACCGAUUCUCUUUUAUUCCAUCCCUAUCCAUUUCGUGUUUCGUUGCGCGGUUACCUGACCGUGAAUCGCGCAAACAAAACCCUCCAAUCUUGGACCAUUUUUACCAACGAGAUUUUCACUCGAACGAUCCACUCGCUUUACGACUCGACACAAUACGCGUAUUUAUUUCGAAUAUUUUAUCGUUCGAACCGCGGCCGUUUCUCCGCCGCUUUUUUUUAAGCCUCGACCAAACGAGUGGAUCAAAAUGUAUACGAGACGAAUUGUAAAAAGUCGAUAUUUCCACGACGAAGCGAACGUUUCUCGAGGAACGAUGAAAUCGAAUUCGACGCGCUUCUUCUUCUCACCCCGUCGCGAUUCGCGAUGCGAGUUGUAACCAGGAGAGGAAACGAGGAAGGAAGCAGAACGACGAAUAGAAUAUUGGUCGCAAGUAGGGGUGCGUCGAUGUACCGAGUUUUUCAUUUUUUCGUCUGUUAUUCAUAAACGAGAGAUAGAUGACUUAGAAAGAACUUAGCUACGCAAACGUGUAUGUACUUUUUGUAGGAACGGUUAGUACACCCGAUAACAUGUACACUAGAGUUUACUAGUUGACGAUUAAUUCGCUGAUCCACGUUGAUCGCGAGUAUAAGGUAAAAGAAAAAACGAGGAGGAAAUAGGUGCAAGAGAAAGAUGAGUUAAAUACGUAAUACCGAUACGACCAGUCGACCUGAUCUUUCUUAUACUCGAACACGCCUCUAUGGAGCUAUCGUUUCGCGAGAGGGUAAUAUUUUGCCGGCUACUCGCGAUACACGAGUCAAUUACGAGAUCGCGCCAAAUAACGCGACAAGAACAUGUAACGCGGAAUGAAGGAGAGAACGCUAAGAAUAAUGUAGAAUACGCUCGCGAUCUCGCGC